AUGGCUACCAACGAGGAUGGCGCUGGCUCAGAUACCUCUCAGCGUGCUCCGAACUACUACUUGCUCAAGGCGGAACCGGACUCAAGGAUAGUGAAAGGCCAGGAUGUCAAGUUCAGUGUAGAUGAUUUCGAAGAGGUCAAAACUUCUCCUUGGGAAGGUGUCCGAAACUUCGAAGCUCGCAAUAUCAUGAAGGAAAUGAAAGUAGGCGACAAGGCGUUGUUCUACCAUUCUAAUUGCAAGAAUCCAGGAAUUGCUGCGUUCGCGGAAGUGUCACGAGAGGCGUAUCCGGACUUCACCGCAUGGGACGAGUCCCACCCCUAUUUUGACCCUAAAACGGAUAAAGAAAACCCCAAAUGGUUCAUGGUGGACCUCACCUUCGUUUGCCGGCCCAAGAACUUCGUCCCACUUGCCCUUCUUCGAUAUAUCGCGACCUUAACAUUACAGAACAUUCCCUCAGAACUCUCGUACCUCGGAAAGGAUGGCAUCAAAGCGCUUCAAGGAAUGGACCUCGUAACGCGUGGAAGGCUAAGUGUGCAACGAGUGCGACAGCCGGAAUGGGAAGCUAUACAGAAGCUUGCGGAACAUGGUGGUUGGGACGACCUCGACCUGAAGAAGAAGCAGACAGGGAGUGCGACGGCAGCCCGUUCACGAAACGCCAAGGGGAAGCAGGCCGCUCGCGAUGAGAAAGAUAAAGAUAAAGACAGUGAAGAAGAUGCGAAAUCGGACAAGGCGUCGAAGAAGGCUGGCAAAGGCAAAGCCGGGAAAGCCAAGGGCACGAAGAGACCCGCCACAAACGAAGACAGCGAUAGCUCUUUGACUGAUCUCGACGGUGAAACAGCUUCACCUGCAGGCGGCGCUCGCAGCAAGGCGGUCCCAGAAACGGAGAGUAGAGAAGGAGAAGGGUUGAGACGGAGCAAGAGGCGUAAAACAUAAUCAUCCGACGCUGACAUCGCUUUACCUUCGCAGGUUCACCCGCUUGUAUCA